AUGUUACCUGUAAUCCAGUUACUCAGGAGCCUAACACAGGAAAAUCUGAAAAUUCAAGCCUACAGAGCCAACAGAGAAGGUAGUUCCCUCCAGAGUCCUGAACUGACCGCGCUGAGGAGGUGCGUGGGGAGAGGAAGCCGCGUGGGCCGGGAGCCUGCCCAGCCGGGUGGAUUCCUACUUGGGCAGGCCUUUCCACAGGCUGGCCGCCCGUCGCUCUUGCCCGGCCCGCCGCCCCGGCCCGUCAGGGCGCUCGCGCUGCGCCUGUCCGGAGCUCGAAGGUCACCCCGGACGUCGCCACCCGCCAGCGGACACUCACUCCGUCCCUGCUCCCGACUGUCACCCAGCAACCACAGUUCCGCCACAGCCCCCUUACUGUCUCAUCCUCCCAAGAGAGGGGAGGCGCCCAGAGGAGGGGCUAGGGGCGGCUACUUCCGGUGGUUCGGAUCUUCUAUUGGCUGUUGCUUCGCAACCGGAACUGCAUAUAUUGCGGGCGCCAUUUUCCUUCAGGGCAGAAGGACAGCACUUCCAGCCUCAGGCAAAAGCAAUGGAGAUUCCCUGAAGGUGCACCCAAAGCUUCCAUCAAGUGCUGGUGAGGACCGGGCCACACUGCUGGGCAUCGCCAUGAUGGCCUCCUCCGUGCUGAUGUUCUUCCUGUUGGGGACCACUGUGUUGAAGCCCUUCAUGCUCAGUUCUCCCAGAGAAGAAUCAAACUGCACCACCGUCCACACACACAUUGUGGAUGAUUGGCUGGACUUUGCCUUUACCUGUGAGGGUAGCUGCCGGGACCAGGGGAGAUACCCCUGCCUGCAAGUGUUCGUAAACCUUAGCCACUCAGGACAGAAAGUGCUUCUCCACUAUGACGAUGAGGCCAUCAGGACCAAUCCCAAGUGCUUUUACACACCCAAGUGUCACGGAGACAGGGAUAAACUGCUCAACAGCACCCUGGACAUAAAGGAAUUCUUCGAUCACGGCAAUGGAACUUUCCCCUGCUUCUACAGUCCCGAUGGCCCCCUGGGAGUUGUCCUGAGGAAGUCUGGCUACAAGGUUGUCUUUCACUGCUUAUUUUGGCCUUUCCUGACUUUGCUGGGAGGUGCCUUGAUUGUUGGCUUGGUUAGGCUAACACAACAUCUGUCCUUCCAGUGUGAACAGUACAGCACAGUGGUAAGAGCUUAA